AUGACCAGGCAGAGGCACAGUGAACACAGCAAACCAGGGCUUUUCAUGUCUCCAACCCUGGCUGUCAUGGAGAAGGCAAAGAAGACAUGUGCAACCACAGAGUUUGCCUGCAAGAACGGACAGUGUGUCCCUGCUAGGUGGCGCUGCGACGGGGAGGCAGAGUGCCCAGAUGGUUCGGACGAGGCUGAUGCAAUCUGCAGUCGACAGGGCUGUCCGCCGGAGAAGUUUGAUUGCGGAGGGACCGUCAACAAAUGUGUUUCAUUGUCGUGGCGAUGCGACGGUGAGCGGGACUGUGAGAACGGUGCCGACGAGGAGCACUGUGCCGCCGACGCCAAGGCCUGUCCCUCCAAAGACUUCCAGUGUCGUAACGGCAGGUGUUUGUCGCCCGGCCUGGUGUGCGACGGCGACGAUGACUGUGGGGACGCCAGCGAUGAGGAGAAGUGCACAGCUCCCACCUGUGGGCAGCACGAAUUCCGCUGCAAUGACUCAGAGUGCAUCCCUGCCCUGUGGAGCUGUGACGGCGACCCGGACUGUAAGGACAAGUCAGACGAAUCCAUGGAGCGCUGCAGCCGGAGGACAGAACCACAAAAGCCUCGCUGCCCAGUUGGGGAGUUUCAGUGUGGAAGCGGGGAGUGUGUCCACAUGAACUGGAAAUGUGACGGAGACGCAGACUGCAAGGAUAAAUCUGAUGAAACAAACUGUCCCCUGCUGACGUGUCGGCCUGAUGAGUUCCAGUGCGGUGACGGUUCCUGCAUCCACGGAACCAAACAGUGUAAUAAAGUCCACGACUGUCCAGACUACAGUGACGAAGCGGGCUGUGUUAAUAUAACAAAGUGCGACGGGCCGAAAAAGUUCCGCUGUAAAAAUGGCCAGUGCAUUGACAGCAGCAAGGUGUGUGACGAUGUGAAGGACUGUAAGGACGGGUCCGAUGAACCCAUGAAGGACUGUGGCCUGAAUGAGUGCGCUGACAACAAUGGCGGCUGCUCCCACAUCUGCAGGGACCUGAGGAUCGGUUAUGAAUGUGACUGUCCUCCUGGAUAUAAACUCCUGGACAAAAAGACUUGUGGAGAUAUUGAUGAAUGUGAAAAUCCAAACGCCUGCAGUCAGAUCUGCAUCAACUAUAAGGGGGAUUUCAAGUGUGAGUGCUACGAAGGCUACGAGAUGGACCCUGUCUCUAAGACCUGCAAGGCUGUGGGAAAGAGCCCGUUCCUGAUGUUCACCAACCGCCACGAGAUCCGGCGCAUCGACCUGCUGAAGAGUGAAUACACACAAGUGGUUCCUACGCUGAAAAACGCCGUGGCUCUGGAUGUUGACGUUUCCACAAACAGGAUGUUUUGGUGUGAUUUAUACCAUCGUAAAAUUGUGAGCGCUAACAUCAACAAAGCCAGCGACGCAUCCCAGCAGGUGACGCUCAUCGACUCGCUCCACUCGCCCGAGGGCCUGGCAGUCGACUGGGUCCAUAAGAACAUCUACUGGACCGACUCUGGCAACAAGAGCAUCUCGGUGGCCACGGGAGAUGGAAGCAAGAGGAGAGUGCUGAUAUCCACUGAGCUGAGUGAGCCGCGAGCCAUCGCAGUGGAUCCGCACCAAGGGUUUAUGUACUGGUCCGACUGGGGGGAUCAGGCCAAGAUUGAAAAGGCUGGAAUGAACGGAGUGGAUCGACAAGUUCUGGUGUCUGAACAUAUCGAGUGGCCAAAUGGAAUCACUCUGGAUCUGUCCAAUCGGCGCCUGUACUGGGUGGACUCCAAGCUGCACCUGCUGUCCAGUGUGGACCUGAGUGGAGACAACCGCAAAGUGCUGCUGUCAUCCCAUCACCACUUGGGACAUCCAUUUGCCCUCACUGUCUUUGAGGAUCACAUUUAUUGGACGGACCUGGAGGACGAAGCCAUUUACAGCGUCAACCGACUGACAGGAAAUGAUGUCGUGAAAGUGGCCGAGCACCUGAACAACCCGCUGGACGUGGUGGUGUUCCAUGAACUGAGGCAGCCGACAGGCCUGGACACCUGUAACAUGGGGAGUCUGCCCAACGGUGGCUGUGAGUACCUGUGUCUGAAAGCCCCUCAGAUCACAGACCACUCCCCCAAAUACACCUGUGCCUGUCCUGAUGGUAUGGAGCUGGGACCAGACAUGAGGCGCUGUGCUGUAGUUCGACAAAGAACAACCACAACAGCUGCUCCAACCACGAUAACCACCACAGCUCCAACAACAACAACAAGCACCACAACAACCACCACUACACCUGCUGCUACCACUACCACCACCACAACAACCACAACUGCUGCUACUACCACCACUACCAUUACAACUGCUCCAAGUACUACGAGCACCUCCACUCCUCCUACACUUCCUACAACCAGAGCAGUAAAGACAACAGCGACAGCUCAGGGUCCCAGAAGCACAUCCACAGAGCGGAGCAGAACGUCCACUGCCACAAGUACACAGACGACCAGUUUCAGCAGCACAAGUCAGACGUCCACGUCCACGCGCACACCUCUGAUCGACUCGGCGGCUCCUAACAGCAUCCACAGACAGAGCAACGGAAAUCUCUCUCACAGAGCUGCAGGCGAUCACUACCUUAUAGGUAACAACAUCACAGUAGCCGUUCUGGGAAUAGUCAUUCCUAUCGUGGUCAUCGGAUUGCUGUGCACCGGCGGCUACCUGGUGUGGCGCAACUGGCGGCGCAAGAACACCAAGAGCAUGAACUUCGACAACCCAGUUUACCGCAAAACCACGGAGGACGACGACGACGAGAUCCACAUCGGCCGACACAGCGACUCCGUCGGCCAUAUCUACCCGGCACGCGUGGCUCUCAGUCUGGAAGAUGAUGGCUAUCCCUGAAGGGGAGGGACGCCGCCUGCCUCCCCCCUCGUACCCCUCCCCUUACACCACAGCACUGAGGCCAGUAUGACAGAGGAGAAAGAGAAGGAGUCCUCUUUUUUUUUAAACUCCCCGUUCUUUAGGAGUAGAAAUAUAAACCUCAUCCUCCUCUCCUUCCCUACUUCCUCUGCUGGAGUAACAUCACUACCACUACUAGCAGCUACACUCACCUCCUCUUUAGUUCUAGUCAUUAGUAGCCUCUGCUUCCUCCUCCUCUUUCUGCCUCUCUCUCUGCCGUGGUGUUCUAAAAAUGCUGCUGAAAGACUUUUGUCCAAACUAACCGUCUUUGUAAAUAGACGUCGGCCCGGUCUCCUCGCAGCGACACUGGGCCGUAUUUCUCUCUUUAUUUAUUUGUGCGUCUACGCUGCUGUGAAUAUGUACUCAGUGUCUGUCAGCACACACUGGAAACAGGUUUGUUUAACUCUGGAAGGACACACACACAGGAAGGCAAGGACGCUGUCCUCCAGCAGGUUUCUUUAUAUCUUAAGUUGACAAUACAGAUUUUAUUUUUCCCCCAAAAGGUAGAAUGUCAUCCUUUAUCAGUCGAAGUCUUUCAGGAUGUUUCCUUGUCAACGUUGGCGCCGUAGGGAGAGGAUAAAUUUAGCCAAGGUGAGAGGAGACGUAAACAUGUUUAUGUUGUCACUCUGACUGAAGACUGGGAUGAAACAAAAGACAGGAGGCAAACAUUUUGUAGAUUUCUGUCUUUGGAAGGUUUUUCCUUUAGGUAGGAGAGUCAGAAACUUACCAUAGACCCUGGAGGAAAAAUGGCCGUGACUUUCUCUCUUGUUGACCAUUGUUGGGAUUGAGGUUUCAGCAAAAAAAACAAAAAAACAAUGUUUGCUGAAGUGUAAAUGUCCAAAUAAGUAAAAAAUCAAUGUAAAUUCUCCAUCAGUUAAAAAUGUC